AUGGGCCCACAGCCCGCCUUUGCGGCGCGUGCAUCCCGCCCGUCGCUCCUCCCCACCUCGCGCCUCGCUCCAGCACCCUCCCGCCCUCUCUACCCCGCCAGCGAGACGCCGGCCGCCACCCCAGCACUCGCACAGCACCACACCCAACUGCCCGUCCAAACGGCGGUCCCGCCCGAGGGCCACGGCACCUGUCUCGCCGACCCUGCCCCCCUCAUCUCGACCUCGCCUCGCCCUUCUCCAAGCCGCCAGAGCGAUGAUCGCCGCGUCCCACCCGUCGCCGACGCACUCGACCAGUCGCUGAGCCGCGCAGUACGACUCGCUCGCGGCGACGACGACCGCGGCCGGUCGCUCGGCGCGCGGCGCCUCCCCAAGGGCCUCGAAAGGCGGUCGCGCACGAGCGAGCGGCGCCGUGCGGUCGCAGACGGUGCAGGAGCAGGCGUGUCGCUGGACCGGAGGCAGUGGCAGAUCCCGCAGGCCGAGGGCUACCCGUCGUGCUACUACGUCGACCUGAGCGUCUUUACGUGUUACCCCGAGUCGAACACGACCCUCGUCCAGGACGACUACUCGCUCGCCAUCUGGAACUCGGCGCAGCCGUCCUUCAUCAGCCGCGGCCGCGUCGACGUCUACCUGUACAACGCCGACACGCAGAACAUCGCGACGUCCUGGCGCAACGAGUCGAACGCGCAGGGCAUGAUCGGCAUCGUGCCCGACGAUCCUUGGUGGCCGGCGGGCCAGACGGCGCAGCAGUGGUUCGGCGACAGCGCGCGCAACCGCUCGACGCCCUACUUCUUCGUCGUCGUGCCGGCGGGCGACACCUUAACCGGCGGCGAGGUCCACGGCGCGACGUUCACGGCGAUCCAGACGGCCGCGCCGACAUCCCUCUCCUCUGCCCUUGCGGCACUCACCACCUCGUCCCUCUCGUCCUCUCCCUCCGUCUCGUCCGCCUCGCUCGCCUCGGUUUCGUCAAUCUCGUCCCUCUCGGCGGCAUCGGCAUCUUCCGCCUCGGCCUCGGGCGAGUCGGGGUCUGGUUCGUCGCGCAGCACGUCGCGCUCGGGACCCGGCUCGCUCCAGAACGAGUCGUCGUCGGGCGGGCCCUCGAUCCCCAACUACGCGAUCGCCCUCAUCGCCGUCCUCGGGUUCCUCGCGCUCCUCGCAGGCGCCAUCGCCGUCUACUGCUGCCUCGGCCGUGGACGUCGGCGACGCCGGCAGGACGAGGCGGCGGCAGCAGCCGCAGCCGCGGCGGGCGCAGGUCGGCGCGGCGCGAGCUCGGGCGACUUGACCGACCUCGGCAGCACCGAGCCCAUGCUCGGCGGCGCGGCGGGAGCAGGCGCCACCGCGAGUGCGGGCACACGCGAGAGUCGGGCGAGCAGCAGGGCGGCGCCGCCUGCGGGCAUCCUCGGAGCCGGCGCGCUCGGCGGCGCGGCAGCAGGUGGAGCAGCGGCGGCGGCGGCGGCGGGCGGCAAGGACCUCGAGAAGGACGACGACAACACGUUGUCGCAGUCGGACGCGGCGCGCAUGGCCGAGGCGUUCCGCGCCGCACUGCGCAAGCCCGAGUACGCGCCGGCGGUGCCGGCCGUCGCGCCACCGCUCGCGAGCAGCGUCGGCAGCGGCGCGAGUGCGGGCCCAGGCGCCGGACCGAGCCCGACGGGCGCGCCCGAGGGGACCGACUCGAGCGGGAGCGGCGGGAGCGGCGAGGGGAACGGCGUCGGGAGGGGCAUCAUGGAAGAGGAGCUGCGCAGCGAGGGCAAGAGCAUGCGCAGCGUCGAGGGCGGCGGUCGUCGCUGGGGCCGGACGGGAUAGACGUCGCCUCGCCCUCCUGUCAUCGUCGAGCGCCGCCUCGUUCACCGACCCGCCACAUCAUCGACCUCGCCCCUCCCCGAGCCCGACCUCCCCUCAUUCCUCUCGUCGUACUCGCUUCGCCUCUCGCGCCUUUCUGUCUCGCCCAUCUUCUCUCCAGGAUUGUCGUUCGCCGUUUACAGCACCGCUCGACCGUGUCUACCCCUCGCCCCGCCUCGCACUCAGCUCUCGCACCAUCUUUGUCACCAACUCGCACCUCUCCUUCCCCUUGCCCUCGUCCGCCCCGCCC